CUUAGUAAGUUUCAAUGGCCACCAUGACUCUCAAGUCAACCUCUUUUGUCCUAUCUCUGCUUCUGUUGCUGCAAGCCUUCCUAGUCAACGGCCACGGAGGCGAUCAUGACGACGACGAGGGCACCGGCGACCACGUAGACUUGCACAACAAAGGAUUGAUUCUGGUGAAGUUAUGGUGUUUGAUCAUUCUGUUGGUGAGCACCUUCGCGGGUGGCGUGUCGCCAUACUUCCUCCGAUGGAACGAGAGCUUUCUUCUCCUCGGCACGCAAUUUGCGGGCGGGGUCUUUCUAGGAACUUCUUUGAUGCAUUUCUUGAGCGAUUCGAAUGAGACUUUCGGCGACCUCACCCACAAAACAUACCCUUUCGCCUUCAUGCUUGCGUCGUCCGGUUAUCUCCUGACCAAGCUUGGAGACACCAUAAUUAUCUUGGUGACCAAGUCUAGUGAUAGAGAAGCAAGAGUGGAAACUGAAGAAGGAACAAGUAGUGAUCAUGAAAAAGCGGCAGGCACGGACGUGUCGCCGCUUUUUAUGAGGACGACAUCUUUAGGGGACACCAUACUUCUCAUCCACGCACUCUGCUUUCAUUCUGUUUUUGAGGGCAUUGCCAUUGGAAUUGCAGAUAACAAGGCAGAAGCAUGGAGGAAUCUGUGGACAAUAUCUCUGCACAAAAUAUUUGCAGCCAUAGCAAUGGGCAUUGCGCUGCUGAGGAUGCUACCAAAGAGGCCAUUACAAGUGACUGCAGCCUACUCUUUCGCGUUCGCAAUUUCAAGCCCGGUCGGAGUAGGCAUUGGCAUCGCCAUUGACUCCACAACUCAAGGAGCUGUAGCCGAUUGGAUAUAUGCCAUCUCAAUGGGACUCGCUUGUGGGAUCUUUAUCUAUGUUGCCAUUAACCAUCUUAUUGCCAAAGGUUUUAAGCCCCAAUCCAAAUGCCAUUUCGACACACCCUUCUUCAAGUUUCUUGCCGUUCUUCUUGGGGUUGGAGUUAUUGCCGUUGUUAUGAUAUGGGAUUAA